CCAGUUUCUUCGAGGGUCCUCUCAACGCGCUUUUAAUAAUAUAAAAUUAUUACCAUUUCCAUAUAGCGAACUAAAAGCAUUGUAUACUCGAUACAAUCCUUCUCCAAAGGUGUCAACGUAUGCCACGAUCAGUCAGCGGAAGCAAUAUAUGCGCAGCGCGACGAUCAUCUGUCGCGUCGCCCAAUCGACGGUGAAGCUGCUCCCGGCCGUCUAAUUCAAGUCUUCACAAAAUUCAUGUUUCGUCAUGAAUCCUGAAACUUGCCCUUUGCGGCCCGAGCCAACCCUCACCUUCACUCAAGGUUUAAUCGUUGGCCAACUUUCAGUCGUCAUUAUUCUGGCUGCAUUCAUUAAAUUCUUCAUAUUCGGUGAUCCACCUUCGCCAGAUACCACAGCAUCGCUCCGAGCCAGCGAACGCCGAUCACGAACGCUUGCGCACAAGCAAUCACUCCUCAGCCUUAGGUCCCCUAACCAACGCCGUGGUCAAUCGUUAGGACGCAAGAAGUCAACUGUCUUACGCAAUUCGCCUACUCUUACUAUUGGUUCGAUCCUAAGCAAAACUUACUACAAUGUUGACAGUCAUCAGCCAGAAAGCUUAGACUGGUUUAAUGUUCUAAUAGCUCAAACCAUUGCUCAAUUCCGCAGCGAUGCCCAGCACGAUGAUGCCAUUCUUACGUCUCUUACGAAAGCCUUGAAUGGCACCUCUAGGCCAGACUUCGUUGAUGAAAUUCGCGUCACCGAGCUUAGCCUAGGCGAAGACUUCCCCAUCUUUAGCAACUGUCGGAUUAUCCCUGUUGAUGAAGAUGGAAUCAGCCUCGGCAGUGGAGCCAAAUUUGACCCAGUCACUGCAGCAAGGGACGGAACAAGAUUACAAGCGCGUAUGGAUGUCGACUUAAGUGAUCUACUAACACUGGCUGUCGAAACCAAGCUGCUUCUGAAUUAUCCGAAGCGGCUUUCUGCUGUUCUUCCCGUGGCUCUUGCAGUAUCUGUGGUACGUUUUAGUGGUACGCUUUCAAUAUCCUUCAUACCGAGCAACCCUUCUCAAUCAACGCCAACAAUGAUGACUUUCAACUUCUUGGAUGACUAUCGGCUUGACUUUUCCGUUCGGAGUCUAUUGGGAAGCAGAUCUCGACUACAAGAUGUCCCUAAAAUUGCCCAGCUCGUUGAAGCCCGAUUGCACCGUUGGUUCGAUGAGAGAGCUGUCGAGCCACGUUUCCAGGAGAUUGCGCUGCCCAGUCUCUGGCCACGUAAGAAAAACACACGCGGACCAGAUGAUACCAUGACGGAAGGAAGCGGAUCCAUAGGGAGAUCCAAGGGUAAAGAAACCGAGCGGGAAGUCAGGGAUGAGACGAUCAAACGUGAAGCGUCGUCCGAGCCUGAAUGGGCUUCGCUUCGGCAACGACGCCCUGCAAGAGACAGCGAAGAGCCCAUGAUGCCCGGUUCACUGCCCGGUAUGGAUGUCGAUCUCCGAUUUUGAGGAUAGAAUUGUAUAUAAAUUUCGAUACGGUGUUACUAGACAUUUGGGCAUAUACGCUAGAGAUAGUAAUUCGGAAUAUGAUUCAUGGUUUAUUAUGCUACUUUCUAUCUUCUGUACGGUGUAGUAUCAAAGCUUAACCAACGCCAUGUCUGUGUAUGUAAGUGAGUACAGACAGGACCACCAUGCUAUAAGUCCCCCGAAUAAUAAGACAUAGUAUGGGACAGUCCAGAGGAGUAGGACUGUAGCGUUCUUGGGAGCAACUGGUGAUAUCCAAUAUGGCUGGACAUACCCCCAUGUAAAUCGUAGCCCGAUAGCAUUGCACAUUGCAUGGACAGCAAUAACAGCUAGGAGCGAGCCUGUUCUAACAUAGAUGAAUGUGGCAUAUGCUCCAAAAAGUGUUGUGUACGUCAGCUGCACUAGCGCUCGGAUGAUAGCUAUUGAUAUUGGAGUAUCAGGGUUGGUGAUACGAGAUUCGUAGAAGUGGAUGAGAUGAGCAGAUCCAAAGACCAGG